AGCGAGAGAGAGAGGCACCUAAUCUUCUGUGUGGUGAUCGGUGACCUCAGCGGUCAAGCACCAGCUUAAGGUCACAAUGGGGUGCAAUAUGUGCGUGGUGCACAAGCCAGAGGAACAAUACAGGGUGAUGUUCCAGAAGGGUCAGAUAAACAACAUGCUGUGCUCUUUUGACGCUGAGGGGCGCUUGAAGAUGAACGGGAAGGAGCUCUCCCGUCUCUCGCGGGACCCCACCCUGGACCUCCGGGACCCCGUGCUGUCCAACAUCCUGCGGCGGGGCGGCGCCCGCCGGAGGGCCGAGGGCGGGGCCCUGCUGGCGGGCUGCGGGGCCCCGUUCGGGGGCCCGGCGGCCCUGACCAUGGGCAUGGCCGACUGCGUGGACAGCUGCACCCAGACGGACAUCAGCUUCCAGCAUAUGUUGACCCUGGGCAAGAGCAGCCUGCACCCCUGCAGCGGGCCGGCCCCCCCCCACCCCCCCCCCUCGCCCCCCCUCCCCCCCGCUCUGGAGCCCUAUCUGCUCAACGAGCUCUUCAUAGAGCCUGAGUACUACGACCCCAACGACUACUUUGACAUCAGCCAGCACGAGGUGGACCGACAGGACGAGCUGGAGUAUGAGGAGGUGGAGCUGUACAAGUCCCGGCAGCAGGACAAGCUGGGGCUGACGGUGUGUUACCGGACGGAUGAGGAGGAGGACCUGGGGAUCUACGUGGGAGAGGUUAACCCCAAUAGUAUUGCAGCAAUAGACGGACGCAUCCGUGAGGGCGAUCGAAUACUACAGAUCAACGGUGUGGACAUCCAGAGCCGAGAGGAGGCCGUGGCCAUCCUCACCAGAGAGGACAGCACCAACAUCUCCCUGCUCCUGGCCCGGCCCGAGAUCGAGAAUGAUAACCAACUGGACCAGGACGAGCUGGACCUCGAGCCGCUGGACAACGCCCUCCACCUGCCCAGUCCCCAGAGCCUGCGGACCGCCGGCAACCCUGCCCUCUCCGGGGGCCCCGGCGGCGUGGGGGUGGCGGGCGGGGGGCGGGGCCGCUCCCUCAGCCGCGACUCCCCGGGCCUGCUGCUGCACACGGUGCUCAGCAACAGCCAGGAGCUGGACAGCGGCGUGGGCCGCACCGACGAGAGCACGCGCUACGAGGAGUCGUCGGAGCACGACCUCCUGGGGGACGACCACACCAGCGCCUCCAACACCAACGCCACCAACACGCCCGGCAGCAUGCGCAAGUUCAUCUCGGGCUGCGGGGACACGCCGCCGCCGCCGCCGCCGCUGCCGCUGCUGUGCUCCCAGGACCUGCAGUUCAGCACCGACUCCCUGCUGGGCCUGGACGCCCCGGAGAAGGCCGGGCCGCGCGGCGGGGAGAGGGGCUACGGCGCCGAGGACCCCGUCGGCGUGAUGAUGAUGAUGCCGGGGCUGACGGAAGAGGAGUGCGAGCGGUACCGCGAGCUGCUGGAGAUCAAGUGCUACUACGAGAGGAACAGCAAGGCGCUGAUGCUGCUGCAGCCCGGCGAGGAGGGCGGCGGCGGCCCGCUGGACGUCAACAUGAACGAGAGCCUGAUGCAGCACGAGAUGGCCCUGCUGGAGGAGGAGCUGCGCCACCUGGAGUUCAAGUGCCGCAACAUCCUGCGGGCGCAGAAGAUGCAGCAGCUGAGGGAGCGCUGUCUGAAGGCCUGGCCCCUGGAGGAGGAGAAGGAGGACGCGGGGCCCGCCGGGGGCCCGCUGGGGGCCGGCCGCCUGGGCUCCCUGGUGGGCGAGGAGUCCUGCCACCACGCGCUGUCGGACAUCAACGAGCUGCCGGAGAGGGAGCGCUCGGACAAGGACAGCACCAGCGCCUACAACACCGGGGGGGAGAGCUGCCGGAGCACGCCCCUGGUCAACGAGCAGCCCCCGUCCCCCUCCACGCAGAGCCUGGACGGCCCGGAGCCCGCCCCCCCGCGCCUCUCCUCCUCCUCCUCCUCUCGCCACAGGGAGCGGGGCAGCAAGGGGGAGCGGCCCGACAAGGGACCGGUGAACCUCAACCAGACCUACUCCCCCAGCUCCCACCGGAGGGCGGCGGAGGCCAAGGCCUCCAGCCCGGCCGCUAAAUUUAGGUCCCUGUCCAGGGACGGAGGCGUGAGGAGGGGCUCGGACGAAGGCGCGAGGAGGAGCCCCAAAACGGCCGGCGCGACGGAGGGCCGGGCCGGCGGCCGCAGCGCCGAGAACAGCCCCUACCUGUCCCGGCGCCAGAGCGGCACCAAGCUGCCCCAGCGUUACCAGAGCUGCAUGCACCUGUGGUCCCCCUCCACCCCCGAGGGGCCGGGGGGCCACGGGAACCCCGGCACGGAGGGCGACGCCAGCCCCAUGAGCCUGGGCAGCACGUGCAAAGACGCGCCCCAGGGCCCGCCGGAACCGCCCCGGCACCUCCCGGGCCCCCUGCUGCCCGCCUCGCCCCGCAUGGAGUGGAAGGUGAAGAUCCGCAGCGACGGCUCGCGCUACGUGGCCAAGAGGCCCGUGAGGGACCGGCUGCUGAAGGCCCGCGCCAUGAAGAUCCGCGAGGAGCGCAGCGGCAUGACCACGGACGACGACGCCGUCAGCGAGAUGAAGAUGGGCCGCUACUGGAGCAAGGAGGAGCGCAAGCAGCACCUGCUGCGGGCGCGCGAGCAGCGGCGCCGCCGGGAGUUCAUGAUGCAGAGCCGCAUGGACUGCCUGAGGGAGCGGGAGAGGGAGCAGGGGGCCGGGGGCCCGCAGCAGGGCGGCGGGGACCAGCAGGGCGGAGGAGGAGGAGGAGGAGGGGGAGGAGGGGGAGGAGGGGGGGCGACGCAGCAGGAGCCCGCCUCCAUCCUGGAGCUGUGCCACCGCAGGAGCAUGAAGAAGAGGAGCCGCAGGAUCCUGGACAACUGGAUCACCAUCCAGGAGCUGCUGGCCCACGGGACGAGGUCCCCCGACGGGAAGAAGGUGUACAACCCCCUGCUGUCCGUCACCACCGUCUAA